AUGUGUCUUACCACUAGUCGGUUUUUCCCUUAGCUCUCAAAGCAAGCGUGUCACUGGGCUUUAUUAAGUACUCAGGUAAUUUGAAUAAUACUGUAGUUCAGGACUAUGUGGCCUAGAACAUGUCCUUUCUGGUACUGCCGCCUCGUCAGAUUAUGAGGUCUUAGAUAAAGCCUCAUUUUCAAGUUAUUGAUUUCUCUGUGCUUUGUUUUCUGCCCUGAGCAGAUUACUGAAAAUGCCAGCUAAAAUGGCACAAGCUGUUUAUAACGUCAGGGAGCAUCAAUCGGAUGUGUUAACAAGUUGUUACAUGUCAUCUGAUCUCUUGUGAUACUUAAGUGUGCUGUGGCUCAUAGGUAUGAGGAAAAGUAUAAUUUCUUCCAUUUUUAAAUGAGAGAGUCUAUUUUUAGAUGCUCAAAGCUUUUACGUGCUCAGACGUCAUAUUUCUUUUGGUAAAAUGGAUAAGCUUUACUUCAGGAUUAAAUAUUUUCAAUUGUUUCGAGAUUAAGAAAAAUCCCUGCCUGAAUUUGAUCAAGAACUGUGCUGUUUCCAUAUCCAAAGAGCUGCUGGAGGCUUUUGGUUAUGUUUUGGCAGGGGUGUAGUUAGCUAGGGUACAGUUUAGAGUUGAACGGGUUCGUGCACAGGACUGAGAGCAGACACCUAGACCUUCUAUAUGCAGUGCAGUGUUCUGAUGGUUUGAAGAUGUUUCUUGAAUUGAGGACUGAGCAGCUAGUUUUGGGAGUAGGCCAAAUCACAUUAACUAGUAUGAGUUGAGAUUGGUAGGAAAACUAGUUUUAAGCUGAGGCUGAGGAGAGGUAAAAUGAAUGACAGAACAUCUUGUGUCUUCACCUCCAAGUUUCCCUACCACUUGCCUUUGUUGGAUAUGAAAUUGGAGGGAUGGAACUGGGACAAGUUGGACAAAUGAGUAUCAAAAGUAGAAGUUUAAUGGUAGAGGGGAGAUGUGGAGACUGGGUUGGAACAGGUGAUGAAAAAGGAGAGUAAGGAAGAAAUAACAGACAGAUUGAAAAAAAACGCAAAAAGGUUAAGAUUAUGGAAAGCACAGAAGUCUCUUGAUUAAAUCACACUGAUUGCUGGAGCCGAAGAUUAGAAUCUCACUAUUUCUGUAUUAUUGCCAAACUACUAAGAAAGUCCUGGGCAAACUAUUUUUAAAAUUCCAAUAGUUUCCACAUUUUGCUCUUCCACAUAAAACCUACUGCUGCUAAUGUUUACUCUGUUAGGAUGAGGUGAGCUCUUGUGAUAAUACAAAUUUUUUGAUCCUGCUUACUAUGCAUUCAGUGUGGCUCUCCUGGAUUGUUUAUUUUUCUUUUGAUAAGGUAAGUUCAGUUGUUAUAGAAUAAAUCUGCAAAUUCAAACAUUCAAAAGCUAGGACAAACUGGAAGUGAAGUGCAUAUUGUUAAUAAUAUGAUCCUCAACUUUCCUUAUUUUUUUGAACUUCAAACUUUUUUCCAUAAGACCUUAACUGUAAUAAGUAGCUCUGUUAGUGCUCAUUUAAUAUGUGUGGCCCUAAUGCUAAUUCAUUGCAUGUUAUUUACAUCUUGCUGUGAAAACAUUUUUGCAGGUGCCACAUAGAGCAACACAGAGAUAUGUAAUUGUCAUUAUAGUCCUGUUUGACCAACAAGGAGUUUCCAUUUUCAGAUGGCAAACUGAGACAGAAAAACCUGUCAAAGCUAAUCCUGUAAUGUUGGGUGCUGAUGCUGAGAAUACUUACCAUAAUGUGGUGAUUUUUUUUUUCUAUUCAAAGCACAGCUUUUCCCAUGGCUUCAGUUGCACCACAGACCAUUCUUAGAGGAUCUUAAUUCAGCCAGCCAUUAGGCGGAGAAACAUGCAGGUGAUGAAUACCCAUUAAAGGUUUGCUUUAAACAGCCUGCUCCACAUCCAAGGGCGCGUCAUGUUAGUGUUGAGCUGCUGCUACAAGUUUCGUUUUCCAUGGUACUUUGCCUUACAUAGCACUUCUGCUUCCUACCUUGUAGAAAUUACAGUGUGAUUUCUCAUUAUUUAUCCUUCCAAAGUAAUUUCUGUAGGGUUCUUCAUUGUUAAAAAAGGUCGCUUAUUUUGUUAUACAGUCCAGAAUACAAAAUUUCUAUAAUUCAGCUUAAUCUGUGAUUUUUAUCCCUACUCAUUUAUCAAUGAGAGUAUCUUCCUUCUUAUCCUGUUCCUAGUUUCUCAGCUUGCAAUAAUGUUUUAGCCACUCUUCAAUUUGCAAAGUACUGAAUGUCCUGUAAAUGUGUGGACUCGGGCACAUUUUUAAUGCCUUUGUGCAGGGUGUCGCUCAGAAGACUAUGGAAAGAGGGGGCUGUUGUUCCCGACCCUUGCCACAAGAGGUCACUAGUAGAGCAGAAAGUGGCAACGGUCUUUAAACGUGCUGGGUGCCUUUACUUUUUUGCAGCCUGUCUCCUGCUCAGGCUUUGCUGUUUCUUAUCUCUGUUCUUCGCCAGCCUGUGGCCGGAAGGAUGUCCAGAAAGGGAUUUUCUGGUCAGACUCAAAACUGUACAUUGACAAAUUUAGGUACAGUGACAUAAUAAUACAUGGCACAGGUACAGGUACCAUCUCUCUCCUUUCCCAACAGAGUCUAAUAAUCUAAUCUGUAACCCCCCUUCAGCCUGCUCUAGAGGGUCUUGUGAGAAAGCAGACCCUUUGCAGCAUCUGUUUAUGGACCAGAUAAAUUGUAUUUGCUUGGCUGUGUGCGCACUUAGGAGAUGAAUUGUUAUGGACCAUCAAGGACUGAAGAGCUGGUGAAAGCAAUCAUACUGACAGUUGUGUUAGAUAUAUCUAUGUGUGUAUAUAUGUGUGUGUGCAUGUACAUAGAUAUGUAUGUAUACAUGCUGCCUCUCACCUUGGACUAUCUAAUGGAAAGUAUGUGCAUUUCCCUGGGACUGGGAAGAAAGGAGGAAAUAGCACAUAGGUGUCACUGAAACAUCACGUCUCACUUUUGGCACUCAGCUAGCCUGAAAGGAAAAAGCAACACUUCUGGUCAAUGUUGUUAACUUUUAGUUCACAUGCUGCCUUUGAGCACCAGUAUAUCUUGGCUGAUGUGAAGAGAAAAUUAUACGGAGUAGGAGAACAUCAUCAGAGAUUAUUCUAGUGGUUAUGGUUUUAUUAAUAUAAAUUAGCGCACCUCUUUAUUUUGAGUUCGUGUCAGAAAUAUUGAUGGCCCUUAUCCUUUAUUGGGAAGGUAACUGCUAGUGUAAUUUUUCGGUAUGAAAGGAAUCACAGAAUAGUUUGGGUUGGACAGGACUUUCGAAGGUCGUCUAGUUCAACCCCCUGGCAAUGAGCAGGGAGAUCUUCAACUAGAUCAGGUUGCUUGGAGCCCCAUCCAGCCCUAGCUUGAAUGUCUCCAGGGAUGGGACAUCUACCACCUCUCUGAGAUCCCUGUGCCACCCUCAUUGUAAAAAGGAAGUAGGUAUGGAAGAAGGAAAAACAGGUAGCAAAACCAGAAAACAUAACUACUUUGGGUUUUGAGAUCCCCCUGCAAGUAGGACUGGAGGAUACUUGCAUUUUAGAAACAGUUUGUGUAGGUGGGAGUACUAUCUGCAUCUAAGGAUGGAGAGGUGGCUUUGGACCUUAUUGUCCUAGUUUCAGCUGGGGUAGACUUACUUCUGUUCCUAUUAACUGGUAUCAUGCUGUGUUUUGGAUUCAGUGUGAGAAAAAUGUUGGUCAUACACUGUUUUGGCUGUUGCCAAGCCAUGUUUACACCAAGUCAAGGACUUUUCAGCCAGGAGGCUGCAGGUGCACAUGAAGCUGGGAGUGGCACAGCCAGGGCAGCUGACCCAAACUGGCCAAAGGGAUAUUCCAGACCAUAUGACAUCCUGCUCAACAUGUAAAGCUGGGGGAAGGGGGGAAGAUGAGGAGUUAUAGCAUUUAUCUUCCCAAGUAACCGUUAUGUGUGAUGGAGCCCUGCUUGCCUGGAGAUGGCUGAACACCUACUUGCCCAUGGGUAGUGGUGAAUGAAUCCCUUGCUUUGCUUUUCUUGUGUGUGCGGCUUUUGGUUUACCUGUUAAACUGUUUUUCAGAAUCACAGAAUUUUAGGGGUUGGAAGGGACCUCAAAAGAUCAUCUAGUCCAAUCCCCCGGCUGGAGCAGGAACACCUAGAUGAGGCUACACAGGAAGGUGCCCAGGUGGGUUUUGAAUGUCUCCAGAGAAGGAGACUCCACAACCUCCCUUGGCAGCCUGUUCCAGUGCUGUGUCACCCUCUUCUCAUAUUUAAGUGGAACCUCCUGUGUUCCGGUUUAUACCCAUUACCCCUUGUCCUACCGUUGGUUGUCACAGAUAAGAGCCUGGCUCCAUCCUUGUGACACUCACCCUUUAUAUAUUUGUAAACAUUAAUGAGGUCGCCCCUCAGUCUCCUCUUCUCCAAGCUAGAGAGACCCAGCUCCCUCAGUCUUUCCUCAUAAGGGAGAUGCUCCACUCCCUUCAUCAUCUUUGUUGCCCUGCGCUGGACUCUCUCCAGCAGUUCCCUGUCCUUCUUGAACUGAGGAGCCCAGAACAGGACACAAUAUUCCAGAUGUAGUCUCACCAGGGCAGAGUAGAUGGGGAGGAGAACCCCCCUUCUAAUAGACCCCAUCUCAACCCACGAGUUUUCUCACUUUUACUGUUCUGAUUUUUUCCCUUGUCCCACUGGGGUGGGGACUCAGCAAGUGGCUGUGUGGUGCUUAGUUGCUGGCUGGGGUUAAACUAUGACAUACACACAUCCACACACAGAACUUGCGAAGACUGACUAUGACCAGGGCGUACUUAGAAAACCAAGUUUCUGCAGAAGGUAUCAAUUUUCUGUGUUUAGUUCUAAGAGCUUUUCGGUUAAAAUUAAAUUUGAUAGGGGGGAAAAGCAGAGGAAUUUCAUCUCAUGUAAAAAGUGUAAAAAGUGUAUGUUAAUAUAGAGUUAUCCCUCGGAAGAAGGUGAAGGAUGUCAUUAACGUCUGGAGAGAAAUUUUUAAAAAGCCUGAUGUGCAUAGUGAUUCAAGGGCACUGGACACAGCUCUACAGCCUGAGGGUGAGAGCUGAUCCUCAGCUGAGUGAGCUGGGGUGCUGCUCCCAUCUGCCUCCUCCCUGGAGGGUAGACAGUUGUGUUCCUUCAAAGACUCUGUGUGUCCUAAGAACUCUGGUUUGGGCUUACCUUUUGGAUUUAGUGCUAAUUAUGUGCAUAAUGAUGCUGAAAAUAUGGUAACUCUUCAAUUAUGCUGUUUAUAGUGUGUCACUCCAUGUUGGAACAGGUGAUUUUUAUGGAAUUAAGCCUCCCUGUUUGUUGCUUUUUUUUUUUUUUUUUUUUUUUUCCUCAUACUUUUUCCUUUUUGAUUUAACUUGGAAAGCCUUAAAACUUUCUUCACUUGCUUAGAGGGGAGGAGGUAGCAACUGAGAAGAGAAUUCACACUGACAGCAAUUAUUCUGUAGUUCUGUCCUUGUUUCUCUCCGCUGCUUUACCUUCUUCCUUUCCUCCUCCCUGAAGUGAUGCACAUGGAUACACAGUAUAUGAAAUGAGGAGAUUGGAGGACUACUGUAUUUUAUAGAAUCAUAGAAUGGUUUGGGUUGGAAGGGACCUUAAAGAUAGCCUAGUUCCAACCUACCUGCUGUGGGCAGGGACACCUUCCACUAAACCACGUUGCUCAAAGCCUCAUCCAGCCUGGUCUUGAACGCUUCAAAUGAUGGGACAUCCAUCACUCCUCUGGGCAACCUGCUCCAAUGUCUCACCACCCUAAUGGUGAAGAAUUUCUUUCUUCUAUCUAAUGUAAGUCUACCCUCUUUCAGUUUAAAUCCAUUACUUUUUGUCCUAUCACUACCUGCCCUUGUAAAAAGUCCAUCUCCAGCAUUCUUGUAGGUCCCCUUUAGGUACUGGAAGGCUGCUCUAGGGUCUCCCCAAAGCCUUCUCCAGGCUGAACAACCCAAACUGUCUCAGCCUGUCUUCAUAGGAGAGGUGCUUCAGCCCUCUGACCAUCGUCAUGGCCCUCCUCUGAACUUGCUUCAGCAAGUCUGUGUCCUUCUGCUGAAAACAGUACACCAGGUGGGGUCUCAUGAGAGCAGAGUAGAGGGGCAGAAUCACCUCCCUUGGUCUGCUGGUCACGCUUCUUUUGAUGCAGUCAAAGGUACAUUUGGCUUUUUGGACUGCAAGCACACAUUGCUGGGUCAUGUUCAGCUUCUUGUCAACCAACACCUCCAAGUCCUUCUCCUCAGGGUUGUUCUCAAUCCAUUCUCUGCUGAGCCUGUAUCUCUGCUUAGGAUUGCCCUGGCCCAGGUGCAGGACCUUGCACUUGGCUUUGUUGAACUUCAUGAGGUUCACACAGGCCCACCUCUCAAACUUGUCAAGGUCCCUCUGCAUGGCAUCCCUUCCCUUCAGCAUAUUGACUGCACCACACAGCUUGGUGUAAUCAGCAAACUGGCUGAGCAUGCCCUCAGUCCCAUUGUCCAUGUCACCAACGAAGAUGUUAAACAAUGCAGGUGCCAGUACCAACCCCUGAGGAACACCACUUGUCACUGGUCUCCACCCGAACACAGAGUCAGUGACUGCAAUUCUUUGAGUGUGACCAUCCAGCCAAUUCUUUAUAUACCAAGUGGUCCAUCCAUCAAAUCCAUGUUUCUCCAAUUUAAAGACAAAGAUGUCAUGUGGGACAGUGUCAUUUUGCACAAGUCCAGGUAGAUGGUGUCAGUUGCUCUUCCCUUAUCCACCAACGCUGUAACCCUAUCAUAGAAGGCCACCAGAUUCUUCACGUAUGAUUUGCCCUUAGUGAAGCCACAUUGGCUGUCACCAUUCAUGUGUUAUUUUCCAUGUGCAUUAGCAUAGUUUCCAGGAGGAUCUGCUCCAUGAUCUUGCCAGGCACAGAGGUGAGACUGACUGGCCUGUAGUUCCCCAGAUCUUCCUUUUUUCCCUUUUUAAAACUGGGGAUUAUAUUUGUCCUUUUCUAGUCAGUGGGAAUUUCACCAGACUGCCAUGCCUUCUCAAAUAUGAUGGAUAGUGGCUUAGAAACUUCAUCCACCAGUUCCCACAGGACCUGUGGAUGCAACUCAUCAGGUCCCGUGGACUUGUUCCUUAGAUGGCCUUGAACCUGAUGAUUUCAUACAGUGGGUAGUUAAUCAUUCUCCCAGUCCCUGCCUUUGCUCUCUGUGACUUGGGCAGUGUGGCUGGAGCACUUGGAAGUGAAGACUGAGGCAAAGAAGUCAUUGAGUACUUCAGUCUUCUCUGUAUCCUGGGUGACCAGGUCUCUCAUUUCCUCUGGGCUUUAUCCCAUGGUACUCUACCAAGCAGAUCCCUGAAGAGGUCGAAGUCUGCUCUCCUGAAGUCCAGGGUAGUGAGCUUGCUGUGUGCCCUUCUCACUGCCUUAAGGAUCUUGGUCUCCACCAUUUCAUGGUCACUGCAUCGCAGGCUGCCCUUGAGCUCCACAUUCCCCACCAGCCCCUCCUUGCUGGUGAUAACAAGGUCCAACAUAGCACCACUCCUCUGUCACUUGGUGAAGGAAGUAAUAAAGUAAAUGGGAGUGUUGUUAAAAUUGAUGAGUAUUUUAUGACAGUGCUAGUGUAGCCUCUUUGAGGUACGGAGACAGAAGGGAAGGCCACUGUUGAGAUAGCUGGUAGCAGAGCUAACAAUAGAGUGAAAUGUGCUGCUGAGGCAUCCUUAUGUCCUUUUAAUGGCCAGUUACAGCUUGGCACUCACCCUAAACACUCUUCUUUCUUGAAAAAUCUUACAAAGGUGGUACUAUCAAAAUUUUUGUAAUAAACAAAUGAGACCUUUUGAGAAAAUUCUGAAUGAAACUAGUUCUAGAUUCCUGUGAAUCUCAACUUCUACUUUCCUUUGUGCUUUUUUAGGCCUGUUUUGACACACAUUUCUAUUUUGGCCUUUAUGUGAUCAGCAACAAUAAAUCACAGAUGAUCUGCUUCCAGGAUUUUGGAGAGUGCUUUAAUGUUGAUAGGCAAAGCUUGUUUGAUUGUUUAUUGUUUGUUUGGCUUUUUUUUUGUUUGUUUUGUUUUGUUUGUUUGGGUUUUUUUAGCUGGUUGUUUGGUUCGUGGGUUUUUUUGGUGUUUUUUUUGAGGGGAGAGGUGAGGAGUGGGGGGGAUGGUGGGUAAAAACUAGAAAAUGGAAACUGCCUUUCUGUUAUCACUAGGGAAUCUCAUCCAGGUCCCAGGGCUUUUGUUGUUGGGAUCGUGAUUUGGAGCAGGGCAUACGGUGCCAAAUUUGAGAAAUAUGUAUAGUAACCCGUGCGCAUUGGUUUGCCUUCUAUAUUGCCAUGGUCUUGAUUAGAAUUAAAUUUGCCGGUAGUCAGAGCUACUGGUUAGCAAAUGCUUUUCUAGGUUUUCCACCUCUUCUGUAACUUUCUUGGCCAACACUUAUUCUCUGGGCUGAUAAAACUGUUUAAAAUGGUAUUAAAUACUUUCCUUCAAAGUUUUCUGCUUUGUGAGUAUAUAUGCCUAUAUGAAAGGAUUGUUUUUCAUACUUGAGUUUCCUGGUGCAAUACAAGAAAGGAUGACCCAACAAGUAAGAAGAAAGGAGAUGGCUUCUGCAGAACAGUUAGAAAAAUAAGAAAGUAAUUUUGAGGGAUAAGUUUUAUCAUGCCUGUAUUUCUACCCUGUUGUUCAUAUUCCUUUGCCACUAUUUUUGUUCUACCUGAAGAAUCACAGAAUGGAUUGGGUUGGAGGGGACCCUCAAAGAUCAUCUAGUCCAACCCCUCUGCCGUGGACAGGGACAUCUAUCACUAGACCAGGUUGCUCAAAGUUUUAUCCAAUCUGGCCUUGAACACUUCCAAUGAUGGGGCAUCCACAACUUCUCUGGGCAACUUUGUCCAGUGUCUCACCACCCUCAUAAUAACAUUUUUUUCCCCUUAUGUCUGACUUAAACCUACCCUCUUUCAGUUUAAAACUGUUGGCCCUUGUCCUGUCACUGCAGGUGCUGGUAAAAAGCCUCUCUCUGUCUUUCUUGUAACCCCUCCACUUUAUAUAUUUAAAGGCUUCAAGCUGAACAGCCUUGACUCUCAGUGUUUUCUUCAUAGGAGAGGUGUUCCAGAAGGUGGUCCUUCUCUGGACUUGCUUUAAUGGGUCCAUGUCAUUUUUGUACUGGGACCCUCAAAGCUGGGUGCACCCUCCAGAUGGGGUCUCAAGAGAGUAAAGGGUCACACUUUUUAUGCAGCCCAGGAUAUGGUAGGACUUUUUAUACGACAGGGCUUUUUAUGCAGGCCAGGAUACAAAAUAGGGAGGUUAACAAAAUUAUGGGCAUCAAAAUAUUUAUAUUCCAGUUGAAAAGUUUUCUUUCAUGAAAACAGUUAAAAACAAUUUUUGAAUUGGCUCUGGUGAAAUCUGUAUGGUUGGGAAUUAGCUGGAAAUCACGUUGUUCAAUCUUUAGCUGUCAACUCCAACUCCAUUAAUUUUGACCAAUUUUCAGUUUGUGUUACUUUAAAACCUUGGUGGAUAAAUACAUAUAAUUAUGUAUGAACAGCAAAAUGAAAGAACAUCAGUGAAUGCAGAACAUUUAUGGAAUACAUAUGUCAAUAUCCUAAAGUUUAAUUACAAAAUGUGUGGGUCCUGGCAGUGUUCCAUCUCUUUUUCUCCAAAACAUCCAUUUGAAUUCCUUCCAACAGGAAGAAGUGAUUCAAAUUGAUGGGGGUUAAAUGCUAACGUGGAUUUACAGGCAACUGCAGAACGUUAAGAACUACAAACCAAAUACAGUGACAACAGUAUGCACAUCCAUAGUGUGAGUCUAGUGAUUUAAAGAGAAGGAAUGCCCAGGCAGAGUUUCAUCUUAAUGCAAUUUUUUCCCUAUGAUUUGCAAGAGGAGUCAGGUAGUGCCUUAAGGACACUUGUAAAUGUUUCUAUAUUAGAAAGUUGGCAGAGACCUGUGAGGAUAAUGGCAAGUGAAUAGACUUUGAAGAUGUUGUAAAUGUGGACAGGAAAGGAUCGAAACAUGUCACUAAGGAAAAAAUACAGCUUCUUGGGAAAAAAUAUGCUGAACAACUCUGAAGGCUGUAGUGCGUGACACACCCUGGACUGUUUCACAGAGUAAAAGUUGGAAGCAUAUCUUGGGAUAGUGAUGAAGGCCACAACUCUGUGUGUGGCAAUGACCAUUUAUGCCAGUUCAUGAUCUGAGAGUAACUCUCCAGAGUUACCAUUCCUGAAACCUAUGGGUUGGGUUUAAAUAAUUUCAGAACCAAUAAGAAUAUAAAGAGUGAUUCACAACAUCCUUUCUUGGCUGAUGCAGGAAUUUUUCUUGGUGUGGACCAUCUCUUUCUACUCCAUUUCCAAUGCACUGUCCUUCCUUGUACUGGAAGGCUAGUGGUAUCCCUAGGAGCCUGCUCUGGGUAGUGUUCAGUUUCUUUCUCAGAGGGUAAAAAUUUUCCACUUUGGCAGAAGUGCCACUGACUUCAGCUCAUGUAGGACUUUUGCUUGGUGUUUCCUUAUGAGCUGUGGAGGGUGCUGAGUGUACUUGCCAGCAAUCCCCCAAAAUUCUGCCUUUUAGAAAUCAUUUCCCCUCCCACCUUUGUUCAGUGUAUCACAGCGGUAUCUGUGCUGUGAUACAAAAACCAGUAAAGGAUCACUCUUUGAUCCUGAAAGUGAGUGGAGUGGUACAGUUCUUGUAGGCAUGCUUUUCUCUCCCGUUGACCCAAGUAUACCCAAAGCACACACAAAAUGUUCGUAUCACCAAAGAAGUAUUUCAUUGGUACUUUUAACCAAACAUUGAGUAUUUAAAAAAUAAAUAAUUUUAAAUACAGGGUAUUUAAAUACUAUUGUACUACACUUGUGCUAUUGAGGUAUUCCUAUGUGUUUACAGUGCAUAGUACAGUACUUGUGGUUUAACCAUGACCUGUGCAGUACAAAGCGCUCUUGGAUCCCUCUGAUUAUCCUUUUUUUUUUUUCCCCUUCCUCUGGUUCUAAACCAGGCUGUGCAAUAAUAUCGGAAUAAUAUUUCAGCUGUGGUCUGAGCAGAGUUUACAGCCACCAGACUUACCUACCUUAGUUUUUUCUUUCCUAGGAAGAACCUCAUUCUGUCAUUUUUUUCUAGUCUUGUUUCUGUCCUGAGGUCCUUUAUUUUUGUCUUUCCUGGAUUUCCAUAACGUUUUAACAAAAGAAUAAUCUUUAUGGUUCAUGAAAAUACUUUUGUAUUCUCUUUGUAAGUGUUCACGAAAAAAGUAAAAUUGAAAUGAUUUUUUUCUUUAAAACAACCAACCUACUGUCGUACUGGGAUUUGUCUUUUUAUUUUUGCUUUCCUGCUCCCCCUUCUAACCCAUGAAAGAAAAAAAAAAACCAAAUCAACCAACCAAACAAACAAAAAAAACCCCAAAACAAAAUAUCUCUCUAGCAAUACAGUCUUGGGAGCUUUGUGAAGCUACUGUCACCUUUUGUUUGCAAGCUAUUCCUUGGAGCUCCUACAUCCCUUAAUUCAGCAGUGAACAUGGUAAGUCAGUCAUUUGACUUCUUGCUCUAUGAAAAAUUGCCAUGGGAGUUAGAGAAGCAGGACGGUUGUCUAAGCUUCUUUGGCCUGCGAUGUUUUGUAACCAGGAGCUUCAGUGAGCAGCUGAAGGAUUUUUACCCAGAGAAAUUUAGUUUCUCAUGCAUUUGUGUCUUGUGUUUGGUUUCUCAGCUGUCUAACAGGGCGUCAGCACUUCAUUUUGUCCCUGUUCUGGUGUUUGUCAUUCUCUUUGCCAUUGAACUAACUGGUGUGUAAGGCUUAAACUUAUGCUGUAGUCUUUCUGCAAGUGGGUAAAUGGCAGGGUCUCUUCUCUGUGGAGUUGCCUACUGUCUUUGGCCAAUGGAAUUGGGACUUAUUAGGGGCAUAGUGACAGAACUGAGUGAAAAUGAAAACAAAAGCUAUUUGUUGGUCUCCAAUGUUGCCGGUAUGAUCCUUGCCUGUUUCUCAUUUCUAUGCUCCUAUGCUUUAUAGCCUUAUGUAUGUUUUGUAUAGGAAAGAGAGAUUUAGCUAUUGGUUUGUGAUAAGCUCCAGGUCACCUGUUCAGUUGUCAAGACUUGAUUUCACUCACUCUGGUCACUCCAGUUGCUGGCACAACAGGCACACGGUCCUUCUGACCUGUGAUCUCCAGUUGCUGGCACUUAGAGCUCCAAGCACACAAAUGCACGCAGAACGGAGUCCCUCACUCGGGAGUAUGCUCAGAAAUGAAGUUUGAUAAUAAGACAGGACAGAUCAGGUACAAGGCAUGGCCAAACAAGCAAACUGACCAUCCACUCAUUCUUCCAUGUUUGUUCCUCCUCAAACGACCUUGCUCCAUUUUAUUUCCUGCCUUUAGUUCCUUUCCUAAGCAUCCUGUAGUUCCUGUACAAUCUGCAAAUACAUUUCCUAGCAUUCCCAAGGAAAUAAAACAGCUACGACUCAGCAUCUGAACUUCAGGAAACACUUACUGUGUGAGGGUGACUGUUCACUGGCACAAAUUUCCCAGAGAAGUGAUGUACUCUCCAUCCCUGGAGAUUUUCAGAAGCCAUCUGGACAUGGUCCAGGGCAAACGGGCUCAACCACUCUGCGUUUCUGUGCAGGCGGAUUUGUCAGGUGGACAGUCGCACUGCCUAGGAGCAUUUGCAACAUCCAGCUUGUGGGAAAACUUGCGAGGACAAAGAAAUGCAAGUGAAUAGCAAAGAGAUCCAUAGAUCCAUCUAUCUUGCCUUUUUUUUCCUUGAGAAAUGAUCUCCGUUUUGUUGUUGUUGUUUUUUUUUUUGUGUGUGUGUUUUUUUUUGUUGUUGUUGUUUUUUUGUUUUUUUGUUUUUUUGUUUUUCCUUAUACCCCCCUCUUCCCCCGGCUCCUUUUUCAUUUCCAUCAACACUUAACAUAGUAGAGGAAUCUUGGCAUGUAUGACUGUUUUGUUUUUCAGUAGCCUUGGUUCUUUUUUUCUUUUCACAUUUAUCAGGCCAAAGUUUGAUGUUUUCUAGGAAGGGAAAAGAAAAAAGAAAAGGAUUGUACACUAGUGAUGUGAAUUUGAAGCAAUGUUUACAGCAAUAUGUAUCUGGCAUAACUGUUAGAGUUUCUGUAACAGGGGCUGCAGGGCUGCCCUGGGGAGGAAGAGGCCAUGAAGAAAGUGCAUCAGCCUUAGGGUAGGAGACAUGCAGAGGGGACUCCUGAGGAGGAGACCUGGGGUUGCAGACACACUUUCGGAAGGAGAUGCUUCUGAAGGGACUGUGGCCUGUGGGGGACACACAUUGAGGCAGGCACAGCCCUGAGGGACUGUGGCCAGCAGAUGACCACACUGGGACAGCAGUGCUAGGAAGCAUAAAGCAGCUUGGUGGUUCUAUGGAAAGGAAAGCUCUGUAUGCUAGUUAUUGUUGUGAACAGUACUUAAAAUUCAUGUAUGUGUGGGAGGCAAAACUGGCUGGGUUUUAGUGGUGGUGAACUGCAGGAAUGGCCUGUGUGGGAGAGGACUAUGAAGUGCCCUAUACCAGUCACAAUUGCUUCCAGACAGCUCAAAAACUGAUGGAAGAUCCAUUUUAAUGUAUAUUCUCACAUUUUUAUUUGAUUAGAUUCCCAAUUCCCCAGCUGCUAAUGACCAGAAAGUGUAGAAUUGACUUGCAGUUUAUUCCUACUGUCUUUGGGUCUACAGAUGCUUUGUUGUGUGACAGGUUUUCUAACUUUUACACGGCAGCCCUGCACUUCCUACGGCAUCACAUGCUCACUCCGUUCACGUCACUCAUUACAUGAGCCAGUGAGAGCUGCACACCUUCUCUGACAUCAAUAACUCAUACAUGCAAGAGAAAACACCUGUAAGCUGUACCUUAUCAUCAAUAGUUCUAUGACUCAUUAGACUUAAUUACUUCAUCUGAGCAGUCUUAGCUCUCAGUCAAGUACAGGCAAUUUCAAACGUUGUGUUUGGCAAGAAGACUCAGUGCAGACACAGAACCACAAACUUCAAACAGCUGCAGAACACUGAGUUUCUUUAAGCUUACAAUGGCACCCUGGAAGAGACCGCAUAGAGUUGCACUGUUAAUCUUGAUCACAGGUUUUGUAUGUUAUCUCGUACACUUAUUCCAAGAUCAAGGAAAAGGAAAAUGUGAUUCCUUGGAAGAUAAUCCUCGAUCUCUGAACCCAGAUAUCAUCAUUCAAAGACUGGAUCAUUUGGAUGGGAACAUUUAUAAUCUCUCAAAAUCAGUGGAAGCAUUACAUGAAAAUAUAAAACAAAUAGAAUAUGAUCUGAAGCUGCAAGAUAACUCCAAGACUGAAGUACGCCAAGCUGACAAUGCAAAGGGGGAAAAGAAGAUUGUACACAGUUUGCUCUACCCAGACUCAUUUUUGUUCAAACGCUGGGGUACGCAUUUAAGGGAAGAGGAGCAAACUGUUGCACAGAAUCUGUUCAUAAAAUAUGGGUAUAAUGUUUAUCUCAGUGACCGGCUACCUCUGGAUCGACCUAUCAGAGACACCAGAUCUCCCAGCUGUAAAACGAAAAAAUAUCCAAAAGACCUUCCAACACUCAGUGUUGUGCUUAUAUUUCUGAACGAAGCACUGUCAAUCAUCUUACGUGCAAUUACUAGUAUAAUUAAGCGAACGCCUUCUCAUUUAUUGAAAGAAAUCAUCCUGAUAGAUGAUUACAGUUCAAAUGAUGAUCUGAAAGAACCUUUGGAAAAACACAUCAAAAAUUACAAUACUAAGCAUCCUGGACUGCUGAAGAUCAUCAGACAUCAGAAAAGACGAGGCCUAACACAAGCUCGGAUUUCUGGCUGGGAGGCAUCAACCGCAGAUAUUGUUGCAAUUUUAGAUGCCCAUGUUGAAGUGAACAUGGAAUGGGCAGAACCUAUUUUGUCUCGAAUAAAAGAAGAUCGCACUGUUAUAGUAUCACCAGUAUUUGACAAUGUUCGUUUUGAUGACUUUAAGCUUAUUCAGUAUUCAGUAGCUGCAGAUGGAUUUGACUGGGCACUCUGGUGCCUUUAUGAAGCUCUACCAGAUGAAUGGUACGCUCUUAAAGAUGAAACAGCUCCAGUUCGAAGCCCAUCUAUAAUGGGGAUUCUUGCUGCAGACAGGAAAUUUCUGGGUGAGAUUGGUGUACUGGAUGGUGGAAUGCACAUCUAUGGAGGAGAAAAUGUGGAACUUGGACUGAGGGCAUGGCAGUGUGGAGGUAAAAUAGAAGUGCUGCCCUGUUCAAGAAUUGCUCAUUUGGAAAGAGCUCACAAGCCUUACUUGCCGGACUUAAGCACUGCAGUGCAACGCAAUGCUUUGCGGGCAGCCGAAGUGUGGAUGGAUGACUACAAAUACAUGGUUUACUUUGCAUGGAAUCUUCCAAUUGAGAAUCCUGGAAUAGACUUUGGAGAUGUUUCUUCCAGAAAAGAGCUAAGGAAAAAACUGAAAUGUAAAGGCUUUGACUGGUACAUUAAAAAUGUUUACCCAAAUUUAAUACCUCUUCCCAACAUUGUUGGCUAUGGAAUAAUGAAAAACACAUUGAAAGAAGACAUCUGUCUUGAUCAGGGCCCUGUCCCUGGAAACACACCAAUUAUGCAUCCCUGUCAUGCAUAUACACCACAGCACAUCUUUUAUCACAGCACUGGAGAAUUAUAUGUGGGAGGUUUACGUGCCCGACGGAAUACAGUUGAUAGAUGCCUAACAGACCCGGGGAAUGGGGACUUGCCAGUUUUAGAGCAGUGCGACACAGCAAUGAAUAAAAGCCUGAACCUACACUGGGAUUUUAAACAGGGAUCAGCCAUAAUCAACAAGAGCACUAAAAGAUGCCUCGAAAUCACAGCAGACGAUUCAGUUUCAUACAGACCUGUAAUGCGGAAUUGCACAGGGCAAAGGUGGAAUAUCCAACACACGGUGAAGGAAUGGGGAAAGACAAAAGACCUGGAACAGAAGUCACAGCACCCAAAGCAUUAACUAGACGAUGAUUUUACUUGAAAUUUGCUGUGUUUGUAAUGCAGCACUGAAAGCAAUGAUCUCAAGAGGGUUUUUUACACAGGUUGUUACAAUGUAUUCAUUAUUGCAAGAGGUAGGAGCUAUUAAUGGAAAGGAGCAAGUUUGUCUCAUUAAAUUCUUGGGGCAUUACCCUCCCUGAGUUUCCUCAGUUAGGAGAGGGAUUGUCUUUGCUCUCUUUUCUUGUUACCAGAGAGAAGCAGUGAUGUCUGAGAGUGUUUCAACCCACUUAAGUUCCUCCUGUUGUCCUUUACAAGUGCCUUUCUCUGCUCAUUAGUGAAAGACUAGUGUAAGGUCUCUAACUUUCUAACUUUGUCAUUUCAGUUAGAUAUGAAAAUUCAGAAGAAAUGAAAGUGGGUCUGACUUCCCGAGUUUAUCUUAGGCUGAACUGGAUCAUUGUUCUUGUCUUAGGUCAUAUAGGUAAUGCAAAGUCAAGAUGUGCUUAUGCUAGUGGCUGAAAUGAAAUACAUCCUGUUCUUUUGUCCCUAUACAUUAUCUAGACAUAUCUCAGUUUCUCAGUGAAGCUUAUUGGAUUCAACAGUAUGCCACACUAAGGCUGUUUUAUGUUUACCUAUGUUAAGCUGGUUUGUGCCAGCCAGCUGACAGAGUGCAUAAAGUCACUUUGGAAACAACAGGAUUCAGUGAUUUCCACAAACUAAUACAAGACCAAUGCAAUAGCAUAUAUCUGUCAAAGAAACUGAGUAAAAUAUGACAUGAAUAGCUAAUGGGAGGCAACUUCCAGGUAGACAUGAUAUGAGUUAAUGAGUUAAUUAGAUGACACUGGCUGUCCUACAUCUUAGAGUAACCACUCCUAGAACCUACGUUUAUUUGUUAAAGGGAACUCCUCUAAAAUAAACUAAAUCUAAAUAGAAAGUGUAUUCAGGGUUUGUUUGAAAAAUUGUUUAAAUAUAAUUCAAUGUGACUUGUGUUUAACUUCCUAAUUUCUCUGUAAAUUUUAUGUGAACUCUUUGGCCCUUAUAAUUCAGGAUUGGAAUUGGACAAGGUCUUCUUACAGGACAGUCUUUGGUCCUUAGGUUUUGUUUAGUUUUUAGUUUUUAGUUUUUGUUUUUUGGUCUUUGUAUGUUUGUUUGUUUGAUUGUUUUUGUUUGUGUCCUCUUUUUUUUUUUUUUUUUUACUUUCUUAAAAAUGCCACAUUUAAACCAGAUUGAAUUUGAACUAUUGAAGUCAACUUUUAUUCCCAUAUCCUGGGUAAAAGCCAAAAACACCAAAGAAAGUGGAAUAUGUGCUCUGCUGGUUUUCUGCAUCUUUAACAUUGUGUCUUACCAAAGUCAAAGGAUUAGUAUUUUGGCAAGCACAAUGAAGACAGAGGGAAUUUUACCACUACAACUGAAAUUAUAAUCUGGCCUUCUGGUGAUGGUGAAUAAAAGUAAGGCUUUCCUUCUUGGUUUUGUGCUCAAGCAAGCUUGGCUUUACUGCUUAUGCAACAGGAAUCCAGCUUGGGAGGAAGAAUUAGAAGAAGCAAAAAGAUUUUUUUUUUUCUUUACUGUCUGGUGGAAUGGGGAGAAUAGCCAGUUUGGAGACACAAACUGUGUAAGGGACUACCAAUUGUCAGUCUCUCUAAAGCACAAAAGAAGUCUGUCUCCAGAGGACCAAACCAUGUGUGGUGGUUAAAGAAAAACCCCAUUGCUUUAGUUCACUUUUUUUUUCCCCCUGACUUUUCCCAUCUCAAUUUAUGUCCUCAUUUUUCUUCCUUUUUGUGAAAUUAGCUCUUUUGAAGCAUUAAGAUUGUGUGUUAUCAGUGAGGUACAGCCUUCUGCUUGCAUUGAGAGCAAUCCAGUCAGGAUCAGUGAGCAACCUUUAACCAAAUUAUUAUUUAAAUUUUUUCUGUCUUAUGUCAAAUGCAAGAGUAGAUUAUUAGGUACAGAAAAGUUUAGCAGAAAAGUAAUAAUUUUCAGAAAGUUAGAUGAUUUAUUACUGUUUUCACCUGCUUGUGACUACGCAUGUCCGUGUCACAGCACAAUUUUUCCAUUCUAACACAAGACACAAGUAUCUCACUUUGUUCUCUGGUUUGGUUUAACAUUCCUGGGCUUUAUUCACCCUAUUUAAGAUUCUAUAUACCUGUUUUCCUGUCCACAUUUUCCAGCACAGUGCGGGUUUUUUUGUUUGUUUGUUUGUUUGUUUUCCUACUAAGUAACCUAUAAAUGCAUGAUUUUUUAAAUCUUCAGCAGACUGGGAGCCUGAGUUUUUCAUUCUGCUGAGAGAUUCGGGUGAGGUGAGGACACCCGCUGGAUUGACAAUUAUUUGCCAGCACGAAGAGGACCAGAGGGUAAAGCUGCUCAUAGUCAGUCACCCAGGAACCCUCAGAAAACCAUGCAAGCCUGAAGACUGUCAAUGAGAUAGAGGGUCCAUCAGUCACACCAGGUGGAUCAGAGUCAUGUCCUGUCCCUUGUGCCUGGAAAGUUACCAGCUGUGUUUGUAAUCUCAGAUUAGAUUUCAGGCUGCUUUUACUGAUUUUUGGCAGCCUUGUUGUUACUUCAAAGCAUGAUUUUCCAUCUGUUCACUGAAUUUACUUGCAGUCCCUGGUCCUCCCAACCUCUCCUUCCAGCCAAGGCAAAAUGGUACCUUACAGAGUGUGUGUUUGCUUGCAAAAUUCCCCAGAAGUGUGCCAUCUGUUGCUAGGUCCUCAAAGCAACAAUGAUAAUGGCAGUAGCUUUGAAACAAAACCAUGUUUACUUGAGCCCUACUGUGGUGGACGCACAGAGCUCUGAAUUCAAUGUCAUGAUAACUGUUUGCUUUUAAUGCUGUAUGUAUUUUUGUUACAUUGGUUGAAAGGAGAUUUGCAAACAUAGAUCAGCUUUGUGUAGAUUGUUUAGCAGAAAUUCUCACUGUGUUAUUUAUGCAAGUGUUAGUAUUCAAAUCUAGGAAUUGCGUGGUGUAAUGGCACACAUACUGCAACUACUGCUUUUUUGGGAAGAGUAGUUUCAUAAAGGGGAAAUACUUGUCUUACACAGAUGACUUUGAAAAGGUACUGUCAAUUCACCAUAUUUCAAGGAAAAGAAAUGCAGCGUUAGAGCUGUACACUGACAGCCACAUCCACAAAAAAGGCUGAGACAAAUAUGUACAAACCAAUGAUGCAUGGAAGCUCUACAUGAAAGCUGCCACACCACAGGUUUGCCCAAGUUUGCUUCUGCAUCUUCUUUAGACUUUGAAUUUCUGUGUGGCCGCAAUCUUUUUUUUGUUGGGUGUGUGCAUGUGCCAUUAACCUGGAUGGACAGAACCUGGCUCAUUCUUCACCUUCUCUGGAAAUGGUCCCUAGCAUGUUCAGCUCAGUCUGCAUCAAGCGCCAUGUUUCUGGGGCUUCCAUACUUCUGGCAUGCAAGUCCACUGAUUUAAGUAAUAGCAUAGUGUGCUGCAAUCUGCUGUAUAAUUGCACACUUAAUUAGAUUCACAGCUUGUUACCUGUGUCACACUGUGACUAGGCUUGUUGCUUUUUAGGAGGGAAAAAAUUUCUUCUGGUUAUAACUUAGAAAAGCAUCAUGAGGGUCGAUUUUCUUCCUGGAGGUGUGAGUUCCUUUUAGAAGAACCCGUGGAACAGAAUAAAACUCAAGUGAUCACUGUUUAUUAAAUAUCUGUGGUUAACACCUUCCAAUUGAAAGUAUGCCUUUGUGCUUACAAGGAAAAGGACCUGAGAAUGAGACGAUGAUGACACACACUCUUACUGCUGUGGGAUAACCAGAGAUAUGAAAUUUCAGUAUGUGAGUUCUGGGGUAGCUGCCUGGUUGUGAGAUCUUGCACUACACUGAGAUAGCUUAGAUCUAUACCCUUGAGGGAUGAAUUGUCGUCUUCUUCACGUGGGCAAAUAUGCUGUUACUUGCUCUUCUACAGUAUAUCUCACUUCAAAGUAUCUUCCUCAGGUACCUUAAAUCUGCCUUAAAACUGUGCGUGCAACGAGCACUGCUUGUGUGUGUUGGUGAACGUGUAAUAGUAUCAAUUUAAGGUGAUUCUUCCAAAACAGUAGUAUGUUUUGAAAUGGAAUAUUGGUUCCUAAAGCAUGAAAAUGAUUUUCACUGCUGCUUGUUGGAUGGUCUUUUAAGUCUAUAAAGGGAGUGCAAAAGAGGGCAGGGCUCUCCAGACAUAGGAAACAAGAGUUCCCUUAGUCAAUUUACCUUGUACUGGCAGCUACAGGUAGAAGUUUAAGGAAGCAAAAGCACUAUGAAUGUUCAUUGCCAUUAUUUGUCUCAUAAUGUUGGGCAAAAGGUAAACUGUUAGUUUUGUAAUUUGAGAGUUCCCUGAUGCUUGAAGUUAAAAUAAAUUCAUGUUCAUAUACAGUAAGAUGAUGAUUGUAUGAUAAAUAUGAAAAUACAUUAUUAUCUAGAGAAAAUGAGUUUCAUACAUGUACCUUUGUUUUGAGGGUGCUGAUUGGGACAGCCCAUCACAAAUGAGAAAUGAGUAUACCUGCUCCCAAACUGAAACACUCACCUUCCUUCCCUGCCUCCAAAAGAAAAUAAUGGUGAAAAAUUUAAUUAAAAUCUGUACAUGUGCCUGUGAAUGCAGGGAAUGGUAGCCAUUCCUCAUGUGUUUGGGUUUUUUGUUUGUUUUGUUGUUUUUUUGUGUUUUUUUUUUUGUUUGUUUGUUUGUUUGUUUGUUCGUUGUUUAUGUAAAAUGUAAUUAUACCUGCAGGACCAAAACAAUUUUUCAGACAGUCCCUGCAAUUUUCCUUGAAUCCUAUGGAAAGAGAGUUCAUAUAAUCAGGCUGUGUGUGCUUUUGCUCCUCAGUGUCCAUUGAACCUGCAGCAGAUGUAACCUACAGGAACAGAGGUCUUACAGUUAAAAGCCUUCAAGUUAUGUGAAAACAAACAGGUAAAGAACAGGGAGAGAUGUGCCUCAAAUGAAGGUUUCACCCACCAUAAGCAAUACAAGGCAGAUAACAUGCACAUGUUACAUCACCAUAAGGAAAACUUCAGCCUACUUUACACCUCUCAAGUCCUAUAAAGUCAACCUAAUGUUAAAUUUAAAUCAUUAGGAAGCCAGUGUUUCUGCAUUUUACUAUUAAUCAACAUAACUUUGUUUAUUUUUAUUUUGUCUCUCUUGUAUUUUUAACUCAGACCACUUUUUAUUUAUUUAUACAUCAGUAUGCUGGAAUAGAUUGAAAUCUGUAUCCAUGCUGAGCUUUUUCAGGCUUUUUAUGCUUUAAUUGUGGGACUUUAUGACUUGGUGAAGGGCCACUUUCUACUGAGAGUGCUCUCUGUUUGUAUGCUUUUAAUUAAAUCCUGGAUAACACUGAUUUUUAGAAACCACUAGGAAGAAUACUGAGAGAAAAAAGUAGAAAAUAAUAUUCAGCAAGAGUGUAACCAAGAAAUACUGUCAGAGACAUGUAGUGGACAAACUGGAGGAGAUUGGCUGCCCUCUGCAGAAUAUUUGGGCUGCUUCUAAUUAAUUGUAACUGCCUUAAACACAAUUGGUGGUGAAACAGGAAAUAGUUAUUCCUCACUUUAAGAAAUUUUAGGGGAGCUUUGCAAGGUAAAAAUGCCAGAAAGGAUCUUUGCAAGCUUGGUAUUUAAAGAUUUUCUGCAAAAGAAAAAAUUUAGAAAGAUUGUUAUUCAUUAAAAAUAUUUCGCUCUACAUUUAACAUAACCCAAAAUAAAAUUAUUCAAAAAAAGUUAGUUCAAAAUAAAACUGAAGCAUUUAGUUCUAAUAUGUCAAAUCGCACAUUUUGAAUUUGUUGAAAUUCUCUUCUAUUUUUUUCCUCCAAAACCAAGCAAAAAAUGGCUGACUGCAAGAGAUCUCUUAUUUCACUAUCAUUUCAGAUCAAAAUUUUUUGUUCAAAAAAAUCCCACAAAACCAACACUUUUGGCAAAGUUUUUUCAACCAGCUCUAGCACAAAAUAGAAUAUUACCUUGGCGAAUGUAACUGAAGCUUUCUUAAGUGUGGUACAGUAAAUUACAGUCUACAAUUUCUUUAACACCUCUAUUUGUUAGGUAUCAUCAUUCAUCCCUCCUGAACUUGUUAGAAUUCUAGUUCUGUCACCUCAGGUAAGAUUAAUCCAACAAACAAUAUUCUGUGAUAAAUUAUUAGUUGGUUCAACACUGUGUAUGAUUGCACAUCGUAUCCUAUUAUACAGACAAAAGUGUAACAUUUGAGUUUUUAACAAGAAUGUAUUCCUAAUGAGGUUUUUUUAACCAUGAAUCAUACCAGCAUCCAUGGAAUCACUGAGCUAGUUAUUAAAUAUUUUUGCUACUGGCUUCAGUAACCAAUGUCUAGAGAAAUACCUUUAAGAUAAGUUUUAUCAAACGGUAUCUAUCUCUCAGUCUUCUAGUUUUUCUUCCAUUCUCUUUUCUGCAUAAUUAUUCUAAGAACCCUUGGACACAUUACAAAGGAAGAUAAGUAAUUCUGUGAGAACUGUAAAAAGCUGUUUCUAGGUGCUGAAGAUGACGUGACAUUUAAUUUUCUGUUGCUAUUAUAUAAAAAAGGGAAAACAUAUCUAUAAAUGGGAAAAAUAUAUAUAUCAAUGUAGCUAUAUAAAAAGGGGAAAAUAACGCUUGGAGGUCUGUGAUGUAUUUUAUUUAGCUUGAAAACUUUGACAAUUUUUUUAAGUUAUGGUGUGAUGGUGUGAAAUUCCAAUUACAUACAAAACGUGUUUUUCUGACUACUUUACGGUAGCAAGGUCAUAAAAGUUCUGACAUGCUCCUUCACUAUAACUGAAAUUAUGUUAGAUUAUUAAUAUUUUUGACGUCAUCUACUGAUCAUAUUUUAUGAAGGAAAAUUCUCUUGACUUGCUAGAGCAAUAGAGUAAGCAUGACCAUGAAUGAUACUGCAAGAUAAGUACAAAAUUAUAUAGACCAACCAUAAUAUAUUGCAAGAAUAUAUCCCAAGUUGGGCUACUCUACAUGUAGUGUGCAUAGUAUGUUAAGGAAUAGGACAAUCAAAUGACACUUCAAUUAAGGGGAUAUUAAACUUAAGGUUGAUUCUGCAAACUGAUGAUUUGAUGAUUUGUUGGUUAUCUUGUUUCUUCCAAGUUGUGUGUAAAAGGACAUAUUUAUGUGCUCUUUUAUCUGUUUUAACAUUGACUUCUAAUGUCACUUAUAGUUCUCGUGACUCUGGCUCAGAACAAUGUAAACGUAUCUCUCAACAGUAACCACUGUGUUUAGAGGCAUAAACUUAAGGAAAGA